GCCUUCCACCCUGGCGCCCCCCAGCCCUGGCUCCCCAGCCGCGCUGCCCCGGGCCUCCACGCCCUGCGGGCUCAGCGGAUUCAGCGGGCUCAAUCUGCGCAGCGCCUCCUCCAUGUUGACCAAGUCUCUGCAGGGGCUUUCUGCGCCCCCCGUGACCCCCACACUGCCGCCAGGAGGCAAGGAUCGGGAAGCGUUCGAGGCCGAAUAUCGACUCGGUCCCCUCCUGGGUAAGGGGGGCUUUGGCACUGUCUUCGCAGGACACCGCAUCACAGAUCGACUCCAGGUGGCCAUCAAAGUGAUCCCUCGGAAUCGUGUGCUGGGCUGGUCCCCUCUGUCGGACUCAGUCUCAUGUCCUCUUGAAGUAGCACUGCUAUGGAAGGUGGGUGAAGGCAGUGGGCACCCUGGUGUCAUCCGCCUCCUUGACUGGUUUGAAACACCAGAGGGCUUCAUGCUGGUCCUCGAGCGCCCUCUGCCCGCCCAAGAUCUCUUUGACUACAUCACAGAGAAGGGCCCCCUGGGGGAAGCCCGAAGUCGCAGCUUCUUCACCCAGGUAGUGGCAGCUGUCCAGCACUGCCAUGCCCGUGGGGUUGUCCAUCGUGACAUCAAGGAUGAGAACAUCCUCAUAGACCUCCGCCGAGGUUGUGCCAAACUCAUUGAUUUUGGUUCUGGUGCCCUGCUCCAUGACGAGCCCUACACUGACUUUGAUGGGACAAGGGUGUACAGCCCUCCAGAGUGGAUCUCUCGACACCAAUACCAUGCCCUCCCGGCUACUGUCUGGUCACUGGGGAUACUCCUCUAUGACAUGGUGUGUGGAGACAUUCCCUUUGAGAGGGACCAGGAGAUUCUCGAGGCUGAGCUCCACUUCCCUGCCCACCUCUCCCCAGACUGCUGUGCCCUAAUCCGCCGGUGCCUGGCGCCCAAACCCUCUUCCCGACCCUCACUGGAGGAGAUCCUGCUGGACCCCUGGAUGCAAACACCAGCUGAGGAAGCCCCCCUCAACACCCCCAAAGCAAAUCCUACCCCCUUGGCUUGGUCCCUGCUUCCCUAGGCCUAGCCAGGCUCCCACUGGUUGGAAUCCCAUGGCUAUGCCACAGGGAUAGAUGGACAUCUGUUGACCUGGUUUUACAGGUUGUUCAAAAUCCAGUAUUACUAAGGUCAGGGAUUGGAGGUGAGGGGUCAGAAGACAAGCCAAGUCUGCCCAGUCUCCAUCCUAAUCCUGUGAAGGAGCCUUUCUCCCAGAACCUGUGGUCCUUUAUUCUGGAAGGUGGGGGGAAUUCUUUGUUGUUUUACUAAGGACGUUAACUGAUUGAAGUCACUUCCCUUCUGAGCCCCAGGAUUCUUAUUUUGACAAGUUGUAACUCCUACACUGGCACCUUCUCCUACCACCAAAUGAACUUAGUUUAAAUGCUCGUAACUUGGGCAAGGGUGCUUUCCUUAAAAUACCCAGCAGCUGUUCUUUUAGCAAAAGGAACCUUUCCCUGGCCUAGGGUCCCACAUUCUGUCACACUGCUUGCCUGCCUGCCUGCCUCUGCCCAGAAUUGGUUAUUCUGGGGGAGGUAAUACCCAGGUUAUCCCAGGGCUUUUUUUUUUUUUUUUUUUUUUUUGGUGAGGGGAUCCCACUGUUACCCCAAGUGCUCUUAUUCUGGUGAGAAGAACCUUACUUCCACAUUUUGGGAAGGAAUGGGAGACGGAUACCACCUGAUGCCACCAGAGACUAGGAUGGGAUGGAUGGUUUUGGGGGUGGGCUAGGGGAAAUGAGUCUUACUGUAUGUUCUCCUACCCCCUCCUCCAACUUUUUGCAAAUUUUAGCUGCCUCCUCCUGUGCCAGGGUUGUCCAACUGCUAAAAAGUAAAUACUUGUGUACUGGAGGGACGGGAGCUAAAAGUGUGUCCUCCUAUCCCUUCUCCCCUGCCUGGAUUAUUUAAAAAGCCAUGUGUGGAAACCCACUAUUUAAUAAAAUUAAUAAAAAUCAAAGGAGACUGGGUAUUGCAUCUACUGUGUGCUCU